CAACUGCUUCCAGUGGAGAAGUUGCCCAAGUACGCCCAGGCAGGAUUCGAGGGCUUCAAAACGCUGAAUCGGAUCCAGAGUAAGCUCUACCGUGCUGCUCUGGAGACAGAUGAGAAUCUGCUGCUGUGCGCUCCUACUGGUGCCGGGAAGACCAACGUGGCCCUGAUGUGUAUGCUCCGAGAGAUAGGGAAACACAUUAACAUGGAUGGCACCAUCAACGUGGAUGACUUCAAGAUUAUCUACAUCGCUCCCAUGCGGUCUUUGGUACAGGAGAUGGUGGGCAGUUUCGGAAAGGUAAGAGGGUAGAACUUUUGCCCAGAAGAUACUGGGUGCAGCUGUCAGAGUACUGGGAACAGGCAUGGUGCUUCUCUGCCUCUUGUGUUAGGGCAUUUCUGGAAUGGUUCAUGUGGUCUUUUUUUUUCUCCUUCAAAGAUGGAACUUGUCCCAAGUACAGAGUGAUUCUGAAACAAGAAAGUCCUGGAUUUGUCUUGAGCUUUUAUAAGGGUUUACCAUCUUUUUGUC